GAAUAACAUAAUUGUAAUGCUGGUCAUACAUAUUUGAACGUAUAUAAUUGCAAAUUACAAGCCCCAGAGAAAGUUAUUUUUAAGUUUUCACUUUUACGUCGGCUCGCGGGAAAUGUAAACGGUGUAUGGUACACAUAAAGUAGAAUUUUGAGAAUAUCAUGCGCGCUAGCUAAGCGCAUGGAAAAAUUGGGUCGAUGUGCGAAAGAUGGCGGCUAUUGCGUGGUGUAUGUGAAAAAGAUUCGUACAUAGAUUUUGCCUGUAGUUUUUACCAAAACAUGACAAGAUAUGGAAAAGCGUAUUUGUAUGUGCACGCCGCUACUAUACGCGGAAGUUUGUAUAAUACUACAACGUGAAGUGGAGUGUUGCAAGGGAAAAAGAGACCCUAACGUAGGCGAGACUGGAGAACAAGUGUUGCCGGACUUCGGCCCGGUAAGAAGAUCAGUAGAGAUGCUGAAGCAAUUGCAGAUGGGGAUGAGAGCUUUCCUCUUGAUGGCCUCCCGAUUGUGGACAUGCGUCUUCUUUCUCCUCAAGAAGCAGGUUAGAGCCAUAUCACAAAUGCAACCUGUUAAAUAUGAGAUCUUCCCAUUAUCUCCAUUGUCAAGGCAUAGACUUAAUAUAGUUAAAAGGAAAGUACUAGUAUUGGAUUUGGAUGAAACAUUAAUUCACUCCCAUCAUGAUGGAGUAGCAAGGCCAACAGUUAGAUUUGGUACACCACCAGAUUUUAUUCUUAAGGUGAAAAUAGAUAGACAUCCAGUCAGAUUUUUUGUCCACAAAAGACCACAUGUAGAUUUCUUUCUAGAUAUUGUUAGUCAAUGGUACGAACUAGUGGUUUUCACUGCUUCCAUGGAAAUCUAUGGAGCAGCUGUUGCAGAAAAGUUAGAUAACAACAGGGGUAUUUUAAGAAGAAGAUACUAUAGACAACAUUGUACACCAGAAAUGGGUUCCUAUACUAAAGAUUUAUCUGCAAUUUGUUCAGAUCUAGCAUCAGUCUUUAUACUUGAUAACAGUCCUGGAGCUUACAGGGCUUAUCCUCAUAACGCAAUACCAAUAAAGUCAUGGUUUAGCGAUGCGGGAGAUACUGCUCUGUUAAGUUUACUUCCAGUUUUGGAUGCACUUCGUUUUACACAGGAUGUGCGGUCUGUUCUUUCAAGGAAUUUACAUUUACAUCAUACUUGGUAGCACAGUUUGGAUUAAUUAAUAAAUUAGAUUUAUUAGAGACCGAACUACAAAACGUUUAGCGUGUUUAAUCUAGGAUUAUUGUUACUGGUACUGUGUUAAUAGACAUUAGGAUGCUAACUGAACGAUGCGACAAUGAUCCCUGACACACACCCUGUCCUCAUUUUCUACGCUCGUUAGAAAACAAAACUGUAGCGAGUAAGUCUGAAAGGGAGUGGGACCUUUAACCAAACUAUUUACAUUAGCACAAAAUAUCCUGGUAUUUUCGUUAUGUUCAUGUGUGCGCAAUACUAUAUAUGUACGUACGUGAAUGGUACAUACAUACGCAAAAACAAUUACACAUAUACACACAUGCAUACAUGACAAACAUACAGAGCUUCUUAAGAAAAAAAUGUAUUUGCCAAAGAUCAAGAUUUUCAGUUAACAUAGAUUUAUAUAUUUUACUUGAAAUAAUUUUGUUCUAAGUGGAAAUAUGCAAAACAUUUUAAGUAUUUUGCCACACAUGAUAAAAAAGUGUUAUAUUUUUUAAACAAAUUAUUUCUGUUAUAUAUAAUAUUAUUAAACUUAAAGUGUAGUAUUAAAAAAAGGAUAAUCUAAUACUAAGUCACACUUUAAAUGGACUUCGCUGUAACUCACUGUAUCAGUGAGGCAGCUAUCCUGGAUAUAACUAAUAAUAAAAAGAAGUAUUAAAGAACUAUGAAGAAGCGAUAUUUGAUUUCAAUAAAUUUUUAAAAAAAUUAAAAUUCUUUAAAACGCAAUGUACGAUGUUAAAGAGUUAAAAAAAUGGACGACUAAAGUAACAGUGAACGGAUGUAAUCGUACAUAUAGCUCUACAGUACAUUUGUUCGCUUGUUUAAGCAUUCAAAGUAAAAUUGAAGAUUACAUGGUUUGUACUAUGGUGAGGAAUGUGUUGUUUGUUGCAGAAUGAUUGGUUUGAGUGAAUGAAAAGUGUAAUCAAGCCAUUAAACAUUUCACAUAACAUUUAUAUAUAUGAUACAUAAAUAUUUAUGUAUCAUACAUAUAAAUGUUAGUUUCACUUAAUCAUAAAACUUCAAUUUAAAAAAAUAUGCCCAUGUGCACAAGAUUGAAAUAAUAAUUUGUUCUCAAAUAAAUUGCAUAUGAUUGAGAACAUUUGUUUAUUUAUUGACGUAUAUCAAAUGAAUUGCUCACAAGGAUUUAUAUUAUUAAUAGUAAUUUAUUCCCCCAAAGUAAUAAGAGUAGCCAUGGGUAAUAGGUAUAAGAUAAAGCAGGAUUACACCACAUUUAAUAAAAUAAUGUCUUUCUGUACAUAGUAUACCUGUAUGUACAUGUAUGUAUGCUUUGUUGUCACAUACAUGCAAUUAUAUCUAUAUGUCAAGAAAAUAUUAAUUUUUUAAUUUCAAAUAUACACUACAAAAUCAACUUGUAUAAAAUAUUCCUUGGCUUAAUAUGGUUCUAUGUAUCGCGAUUGUCUUUUUAAAUUCAAAUAUGAAUUAAAAUGUACAUAUUUAGUUUGUAAA